AUGAAAGUUACGGUUCAAGUGACCAGCCCCGUUGAUUCUUUUUCCCCUCCGCCCUCUCCUAUGCUACGACACGUGCUAUCCUCUCGUGUCCUUCACGCUCUUUCAGUCCCACAUGCAAGGCAUAAAAGAGGCGUCUUUAGAACCCAAUCUUGGCUACUCGCGAUUUUGGUCGCUUUCACGAUCUUCCUGUUCUGGUUUUCCCACAACUAUGCCACUUUCUUCCGCAAGGAUUCGUUAACAAAUGUAGCCUCGUAUCCAUUUUCCAGUCUGCCCACUUCAUCCGAACUCAAACCGUAUAAAGAUGAACCUCCGACUUACUCCGGCAGCUCUUUCGGAGUGGUGUUUGAUGCGGGUAGCACCGGGUCCCGUGUGCAUGUUUUUCAAUUCAGAAGGCUAACCUCAGGUAAAUUCUCUUACAUCUCCCUGCAGCUAGUUACACCUUUUGCCUUUGCUUCAUUGAUUGUACGAUCGCGUUUGGUCCAGUAA